AUGGCAACUUUCCAAGCUCCUCACAAGAGGUUUUUCAUCAUCAAAGAGAGCUUUCUUCUUUACUACUCUGAAAGUGAAAAAAAGAGCUUUGAAACCAAUAAACACUUCAAUAUACAUCCUAAGGGCGUCAUCCCUCUGGGGGGCUGCCUGGUGGAGGCCAAGGAAGAGCCCAGCAUGCCCUAUGCCAUGAAAAUCUCCCACCAGGACUUCCAUGGGAACAUCUUGCUGGCAGCGGAGUCUGAGUUUGAACAGACGCAGUGGCUGGAGAUGCUGCAGGAGUCUGGGAAGGUGACUUGGAAGAACGCCCAGCUGGGAGAGGCCAUGAUCAAGAGCCUGGAGGCCCAGGGGCUGCAGUUGGCCAAGGAGAAGCAGGAGUAUUUAGACAAACUGAUGGAAGAGACGGAGGAACUCUGCCUGCAGAGGGAGCAGAGAGAGGAGCUCGAGCGCCUUAACCAGGUGCUGGAGGCUGAGAAGCAGCAGUUUGAGGAGGUGGUGCAGGAGCUGAGAAUGGAGCAGGAGCAGAUCAAGAGGGAGCUAGAACUGACUGCAAGAUGCCUCAAGGGUGUGGAGCAAGAGAAAAAGGAGCUGAGGCACUUCACAGAGUCCUUGCAGCAGACGCUGGAGGAGCUCUCCAUAGAGAAGAAGAAAACCCUGGAAAUGCUGGAGGAGAAUGAGAACCAACUGGAGACACUGGCCAAUCAGAGCGAGCAGCCCUCUCCCAGUGGGGGUCUCCAUAGCAACCUGAGGCAGAUCGAGGGGAAGAUGCAGCAGCUCUUGGAAGAGAAGCUCCUGGCAGAGAAGCGGAUGAAGGAGAACGAGGAGCGCUCACGGGCCCUGGAGGAGGAGCGUGAGUUCUACUCCAGCCAGUCCCAGGCGCUGCAGAACUCGCUGCAGGAGCUGACAGCACAGAAGCAGCAGGCCGAGCAGGAGCUCAAGGCCGAGGUGAAGGUCCGUAUGGACCUGGAGAGACGUCUGCGGGAGGCCGAGGCGGCCUUGAGGAGCCUGGAACAAGGCCUCAACUCCAAGGUGCGGAACAAGGAGAAGGAGGAGAGGAUGCGGGCUGACGUGAGCCAUCUGAAAAGGUUCUUCGAGGAGUGCAUCCGGAACGCCGAGCUGGAGGCCAAGAUGCCGGUCAUCAUGAAGAACUCCGUGUACAUCCACAAGGCGGCCACGCGCCGCAUCAAGAGCUGCCGUUUCCACCGGCGCCGGUCCACCGCCUCCUGGAACGACAUGAAGCCGUCCCAGUCCUUCAUGACCUCCCAGCUGGAAGCCAACAACAUAGAGGAGCUGAAGGAGGUGGCCAAGCGGCUGAGCCGAGACCAGCGCUUCCGGGAAUCCAUCUACCACAUCAUGGUGACUCAGCCCGGACCAUCCUCAGCGCUUCCUCUUCCUCGGGGUGGAAAGUGAUGGCUGUCCUCCCGGCCUCCCGGGUCUUUCCUGGGUGGGGCUGGGAAGACGUGCAGGGGGAGGCUGACUACCUGGCUUCUCUCAGCUCUCCUCUGGGCCUGCGCCUCACCCUCAAAGGACAGGGAUGCCACCUCCCUUACCACCCCUACCCCAGACCCUGCCCUUGGGUCUAUGCCAGGCCCGUGCAGGCCCCAGCUGGGUGCUGCCCGGUUGUCAGGAUGAGGCCAGGAAGAGGCCUGGUUGCAUGUGGAGGCUUGUUUUCUCGGUUGGGGAGUGAGGUGGGCAGGCCCACAGCUCUCUGUCGUGCCCACUCUACCUCUCUGUGACUCGCCACCUGCCCGUCCUGGUGUGUGAAGGCCUCCCCUCCCCACCUUGACCCUUGCUUCCUGGGGGGCUUCCUGACCCUCUCUUUGCUUCAGCGACCCACAGACAUCCCUCAAUUGGGGGCCCUCGCGUUGACCACAUUGUGAGGCAGGAAGAAAGACCUAGGGCAGCAACUCCAGGUACAUGGCACACUCCACCCCACAGUAUCACCUUUCCUGAGGUUGGGCGCUGGCUGUGGGAUCACCCGCUCACUCCCCUCCUCACCCAUCUACAGCCUCAGACCUAUGAGGGUGAUGCAACCCUCACCUCCCCCCUGCAUCCCGCCUGCUUAGGUACGUAGGGCUCUGGGCCCUGGCUGGGAGCUGGGGCAGCAGGGACAGGGAGAGCUCUCCCAGAGGAUGCAGGGCAAGUCAGGGAGUGGAUGAAGGCGGCCCUGGCUCCUUCACUAUCUUCUCUUGAUUGAACAGGGAGGCAGCUCCCUCUGGCUACAGCAGCCCUGCUGGUCCGUGGGGUCACAGACCACUCCCUCCAGCUGACCCUGCUUUGGUGGCCUUACUCCACCUCUCCCUGCAGAGGCUUUACCCAGUGAAGCAGUGUGACCAUGAACCCUGGAAGAUGGGGGCCUGGGCCUGUGACAUGGCCAGUAGCCAUUGGUUGGCCCCAAGUCAUCAGGGGUGAAGCUGAAACAUCCAUCGCAGCUUUUGUGGAAAACCACCACCCUCCAUGAGGCUGAGGCUGUGUGUGUCCCUCACCCAUGGACAGUCUACCCAGCUCUUCUCCCUCUAGAACACCCUUCAAAGCUUCCUGAGUCUGUUGGUCUCUCCAGAAAGGGGUGUCUGUGGGAUCGGGGUGCUCAGGGACACUGGUGGUAUGAAAGGUGCUGAUUCUCUGCUGCUUGGAAAACCAAGUGAGGAGCCCAGCCUGAGAGAGAGUCAGAUGGCUGCAGGGGAAGUCCCGUGAGGCGCAGGUCCCUGGGGAAGAGGAGUGUUGCUGGCUCGUGUCCACUGCUCUGUGCUCAGACCUGCCUGAUGAAACUAACCUCAGUGGUCCCUCCUCAGGGGCGGGUGGACUUUGAUGGCUUCAGCCAGUCUCUUCGGAGUUUAGUGGGGGACGGAAGGGGGAGGCUUCAGAAUCAAUGCAUCUAAAUAAAUCGGAGUCUAAAUGUAAAAUCUUUAAACAUGUAGAAAGCUGCAUAAACCUGCAAAUAACUUAUCUAAUAUGUAUGUAGGAUGGACUUUGAAAUGAGGGGGAAGGUUGAUAAAAGCAAGAUUACUGGUUUAUUUUUUUUGUUUCUUUGUUUUUAAAGAAUUAGAUUAAUAAUGAUUUGCUCUUGGAGAAAGAUCUUUUGGAAACUUUCAAAUGAUUUCCCCCUGUCCCUCCAGGCAAAUUAUUAACCAGAAAGGAAAAUGUUUUUCCAUGCACAUUCAGCAAUUCCUAGUUUCUUUCCUUCUGUUUCAUCCUGUACUUAACCGUGCCUCAGGCAAAAAUCUUGGUUCUCUUCAACCAACUGGUCAAUUCAUAAGUAUUUAUUUGUUAAAAAGUCACUAUGUACCUAGCACUGUAAAUAGAAAAAGAGCAAAAUACUAUAUGAAAAUAUGCAAAGGUGGAAAUUGCUUACUGGAAAUAUAUUGAUUUGAUUUUUUUUUUUAAAAAAAACAAAAAAAACAAAACCCCUUAUUCCUUGGCCCAUAAAGUGUUUCCUGCAGUA